AUGACUGACUGCCAGCCCGGCCCUACUCCAGAAUCGAUAGCAAACAUGACUCCUCCACGCACACCGACCGGUAAGGAGAACGCCGGAUCGAAAUAUCGAUCUCUCACGAAGGCGGCGAAGGGUUUGUAUGCAUCAGUGAGAAAUGCGUAUAGCUCUCCUCGUCGUCGACCGUCGCAUGGUACCUGGAAGGACUCGACCCCGCUGGAUCCAGAUAGGAGCCCCAGUAAGAAGCCAGUGGGAAGGAGGUCAUCUGUUGGAAACCUUCUCAGCCUCUUCUCCAACAGUCAGUCGAGCAACUAUGAGUACCCAGAAACAACCAAGGCAACAAAAGAAAAGUCCGAAGGGUUCGCAGGUCUAUUUGGUCAUGUUGCCAUGAGACGACGUAAGAGCUUUGGCCCCUUUGGCUCCAUUACAUACACGAGACGGGAACCUGUCAGGAAUACAGCUCAGCAUACUGGGGAUUGCAAUGAGGCAAUCUCAAUCCAUGUCACUAAUACCACCACGGCUACGACUGGGCAUACUGGGGAUUGUAACGAGGCGGUUUCAAUCCAUAUCAGGGAGCCCUCCGGAGACCCUGAGCUGCCUGUCGAGAAUUUACCACUUGCGGAUACGACUGAAGCAACCGAGGCAUGCGAUGAAGCAGUUUCGAUCCAUGUUACCGAGCCUUAUGCAGUUUUUGAGUCCAAUGGGCCGGAAGAUAAGGAAAACGCCUACCAGCAGCUGGUUGCGAGCGGCAAUGACGAGAUCAAUAAGGUGCUUUCGAUGCCGGAUUCAAUGCGCCCAAUGCUUCCGCGUCAGAACAGCCGUGCAUCCACACCUGUAAGGUCCCUUCUGGGUGCAGAGCAGAAUCGUCUGUUAUAUCAUUCUGACGCAACCCGCUUUUCCAACUCUGGCGGCGAGGAGAUAGACCCCGUCACUCAUCUUCCUGACGGAUGUUAUGAAGUUCCUGCGCAUACCUCGGAUCCCUCGGCGUGGGAGCAAGCAAAAAGCGCUUUGCGUGAUGCCAUGCCAAUGGUCACUGUUCGCCCAACCAGUCCAACUUCGACUCCUGUCGACAUUGAUCCCGAAUUUAAAAGACGGCAUGCUGAAAGGACCGAAAAGUUGAUAAAGCUUGACCUGGACCCAGGUGUCAGUACAAGCCAAACCAACGAUACCUCUUUCAGUGGUAACAUUCUUCACCUAAGUCGAAACAUAAUCGCGGCCCCAGCUGCUCUGGUCCUGGGUCCAAACCCAGCUGCCAAUUCGAAUUCCACCAGUCUAGGUGUUAGCAUUGAUUCCCGUACAGACGUCUGGAAAGCCAAUACCGACAAGAUCCUAGAAGCCAUCCGGUCAACAGUAGCAAAGAUGACACGAAACUAUCAUGGUUCAGCGCACCAUCGCUCCCUCAUGGACGAAGGCGUUUCCUUCACCGUAACUGAUACGCAUAGCCAACCUACUCCAUCCUACAGUGAGUUUGAGAGAGAUUCAGACGACUUCUGGGACUCGGUCAAGACGGGGGAAGCAAUUAUGCAGCGAACUUUGAAAUCUCAGGACAGUCAAACGUCCCUAUCGGCCCAAUCUGAAGUCUCUUGGUUUGAUCAUGGGUUCCCAGCCGAUAUUUUCAACUUGAGAAGUACAUAUGCUGGAUCAGAUUUCUCGCUUCCGCUCCCUUUGACUCCAGCCAAGAAGAGAUUCAUGUUGGAUGACGACGAGUCAAGUUCCGAAUCCCCCGGGUACCUUGACGUAUUUCGGCACUUUGACAAAGAUCUGUUUUCUUUGCCCGUAGAUUCAAUACUUCAAAAUUCAAUUUUGUUCCGGACACCCCUGGAUCCCUUCGAUCGGGGCCCAGCCCGUAUGGUCCAGAUGUCCCCCAAAAAGGUGGUAGCAUUGCCUUUGAGCAUUGGCGACUCUCCCGGAUCCGAUAAGCUGGUGCGAAGAACCUGUCCAGGCAAUAUCACUCCAUUUAAGCGGGCAGAUAGCGACGAGAUUGAAACCGAGUACAUUGAGGACGCCCAGUUCUUUCCUCCAGGCCCUAGCCAAGUGUCCCUAUCUGAUUCAGUGAAAUUGGUAGAAGAGAUCGUUGAGCACCCUUCUGGAUACCACCUCACCACUGUUCGAAAGCAUUUGAGGAGCUCCAGCCAAGGUUCCCAGUCAAGCACGGACAAUCAGAGUCCUGUGGACAUCUUCCUAGCCCACGGCCAUGCUGUGCCUUAUGUGCCCUGCUCCAGCCGCCAGAUUGCUGGGCUCUCCGCCGGUUCCUCUUCCAUUGGCAAGCGGGACGAUGAGCGCUGGACUGGCGAUACUGACUUUUCCUAG